UUCAAGUUUCAGCAGAGCUUACCAGAGAGGAUUAGGAUAGGGGAUCCAUCCAACAACCCUCAAAUCUCAAUUCUCAUCAGCAAAUCAAAAAGAGAGAGAGAGGAGUUACAGCUGCCUCCAGGCUUCCGAUUUCACCCUACCGAUGAAGAGCUCGUCAUGCACUAUCUCUGCCGCAAAUGCGCCUCUCAGUCUAUCGCCGUUCCGAUCAUCGCUGAGAUCGAUCUCUACAAAUACGAUCCCUGGGAGCUUCCUGGUUUAGCCUUGUAUGGUGAGAAGGAAUGGUAUUUCUUCUCUCCCCGAGACAGAAAAUAUCCCAACGGUUCUCGUCCUAACCGCUCGGCUGGUUCUGGUUACUGGAAAGCCACUGGAGCCGAUAAACCCAUCGGAGUUCCCAAACCGGUCGGGAUUAAGAAAGCUCUGGUUUUCUACGCCGGAAAAGCUCCCAAAGGAGAGAAAACCAAUUGGAUUAUGCACGAGUACCGUCUCGCCGACGUUGACCGAUCGGUUCGCAAGAAGAAGAACAGUCUCAGGCUGGAUGAUUGGGUUCUUUGCCGGAUUUACAAUAAAAAGGGAGCUAUCGAGAGGCGAGUACCACCACCGGCGGUGGUUCACGGCGGAGUCACCGAAGAAGUCGUGGAGGAGAAGCCCAGGUUGACGGAUAUGGCUAUGCCUCCGCCGCCGCCACAAGCCGCGAGUGAUUUCGUGUUUAUCGACACGUCGGAUUCGGUGCCAAAGCUGCACACGACGGAGUCGAGUUGCUCGGAGCAUGUGGUGUCACCGGAGUUCACGAGCGAGGUUCAGAGCGAGCCCAAGUGGAAGGAAUUGGAUUGGUCGGCCGCUGCCAAGGACAAUAGUACCCUUGAUUUUGGGUAUAAUUACAUAGAUGCCACCGUGGAUAACGCGUUUGGAGGAGGGAGUAAUCAGAUGUUUCCGCUACAGGAUAUGUUCAUGUACAUGCAGAAACCGUAU